UCACAUGGACCUUGAGGAUAUAUAUAGUUGCGAACGUUAUGGUGUGUGGGAGACGCGGUUUGCGGGGCACGAUUGAAUCCGGGCCGUGGGAUGGGUCGCCUGAACUUCAGCAGCUGGCCCACCCGAAUGGGAACUACUUAGUACAUUUAUGCAGAGGACUGUACAAGAAGGUGACGAUUGGGGCAGAAGAAGAAGAAUUGGAUCUAGAUGAAGCUGAUGUUGAGAGUGUGGCGGAUGAGCGGCGGGCGCGUCCCCCUCCUGAGCCACCACCAUGGAGUGCAAGCAAAUCUAGGGUUUGGAAGAAGAUGGGUGAACUCUAUUUUAAUUGCAUUUUAUUCAGUUUGUGUUUUUCUGUCGAAUUGCAUGUUGUUUUUGACGUGUUCUUUUUUCCUAGUAGAGAAAUUCUUAAAUUUAGAUUAGGUGAUGAGAAGUCCGGUUUGCCAGUCAUUGGCUCAGUUAUGCCCAUUACAGGAUCAGCGAAUGUUAUUGCUUGUACAGAGGUGAUAGAUUCUCUGUCUGGUUCAAGGUCGGACGGCAGACAUAAAGCUUUUUAUCGUUUUGUUUACUCCUUUUUCCUUGAUUGUAUUAUCA